AUGCCGCUUAUUUUCAAACUACCAGAUAGUUUCAAGGACUUUGCAAAAGUUCACGCAGGUACUAACAAACUCAGCGAUGUCUUCUUGACACACUGUCAACACUACCCCAAAAAGAUAUUGAUUGCGAGUAUCAAAAACCUAGGCAGUUGCCCAUACACACGGAAGAAGAUAUCAGCUGCCCGUGAUCUCAUUUACAAGAAAAACUACGCAGUCAACAACCAGAGGAUCAAAGAACUUUUGGCAGAUAAGUCUAUGGUUCCCAAUCUGAAUGCCUUCUUGAACAGGCUUGGUCCACUUGGUUUCAACGUAUAUCCAAUGCUGGUUGUUGACUUUAUGCACGAGGUAGAGCUGGGAGUAUGGAAGUCACUCUUCAUUCAUCUCAUGAGGAUACUCUCUUCUAUCAAUGUGGGGCUUUUAGAUGUUUUGGGUUCACGCUAUGGCCAGGUACCUACUUUCAGUAGAGAUACCAUUUGGCGCUUCACAACCAAUUCAUCUGAAAUGAAAAGAAUGGCCACCCACAAUUAUGAAGAUUUGUUGCAGCAUAUUGGAGCAGGUGACAAAAUCCCUUGGAGCUUCCUUGUGCCACAAAGCUGCCAUCUAGUCCCGGGGUUUGCCGAGGGGGAAAUGCAUCCUGACAGGGUUGGAAUGUCUAAGAUGGCCCAAGAUGGUGAAGAUUGGAAACAAUACUAUGUUAAUAGGUUUGUUGAUCGAGAUAUGACAAUGCAAUACUACUGGGGUUUAGGCAUGGGCCAUGUAUAUGCUUGUGGAAAAUCACUCGCAGCUUCUGAAUCUUCUACCAGUAUAUGUGCUGACAUAAUGCAAGACACUAGCUCAAGUAGUAUCCUGCAAAUCUCCCCAGAAGCAGAACGGCCUGAACAGGCAGAGGAAGAUGAGGGCACAGCUCAAGAUGAUCAUUUGUGUCCACAUGUUGAAGAUGACGAUAGUGAUGUAGAAUUGACAUUGCAAGACAGAGAAGGCAUUAACUUGAGCUCAGACAAUGGUUCAGUUUUGGACUGCAGCAAUGAAGAAGAUACAAUGGACAAAGAUAUGCUAUUGAUGAUGGAUGACAUGUAUAGAUCAGAUGUUGACUACAAUGAUUAA